CGCCCGCCCGGGCCGCCCCAGCUCGGCGGAGAGCCUCUGCACCGCGCGUCUGCGGAGCCGGCGGAGGCGACAUCCUUGCGCCCAGUGCACACCGGAAGCUCCAGGUGCGAGGGCCAGAGACAGAGUCGCCAUCGCUUGGCAGUGCCUGUAGGACGUCGAGGCCCAGGCCCGCGGCCCCAUCGCACCCCAGAUCCCCCCACAUCCGGGACACAGUUAUGCCCCAUCCCUGACUGCGAGGCGAAACAGAAAGAGAGCAGCCGUCCUUCCCACCAUGAAGGCAGAAACAGCGCCCUCGGUCCCAGGGUCCCCAGCCCUGCCCAGCUGUGGCCUCUGGAACCUGCUGAGCAGCCGGAACCUGCUGAUGGCGGGGAUUGUGCUGGGCUCGCUCCUGGUCACCCACCUCCUGGUCGGCCUGUGGAUGCUCUGCCUCGUGUUUGCGCUGCUGCUGGUGCUGGGAGGGUGGCAGGGCCCCAGCGCCAUCAUGGGGGCCGGGCGGCUGCACCUGGAGUGCUUCUUCCCAGUGGCCGCCUGCUCUCCAGACCCCGAGGCGGAGAGGCAGCUGGAGCAGGAGAUCCACCGCACCAUCCAGAUGAUUAUCCGGGACUUCGUGUCAUCCUGGUACCGCUCCGUGAGCCAGGAGCCAGCCUUCGAGGAAGAAAUAGAGGCGGCCAUGAGAGGCUUGGCCCGGGAGCUGCGGAAAAGGAUGGGCACGGUGGACAGCCCUGCCCUUGCCCAGAGGGUCCUGACGCUCUGCGGUUGUCACCUGCAGAGCUAUAUGCGGGCGGCGAAGGAGGUGGCUGCAGCAGCAGGGAAGCAGAGCGGUCAGGUGGAGCCUUCCCAACUCUGGGAGGCUUACUGCAGGGCCGCCGCCCCACAUCCCGCGGUCCAAAGCGCCGGGGCUGAGGUUGCCUACACACGUCGCAUUGUGAGUUCGUUGCUUCAAGGACUAGUGCCCAAGCCCCACUUGGAGACUCGGACAGGACGCCACGUGGUGGUGGAGCUCAUUACUUGCAAUGUGAUCUUGCCACUGAUCAGCAAGCUGUCAGAUCCCGACUGGAUCCACCUUGUACUUGUGAGCAUCUUUUCUAAGGCUAGAGGUACUCCAGGAGGAGUAAAGUCACACUGCCCAGCCAGUGCCACGGGGCCCGAGCAGCCCUCGGUGCCCACAUCUCUGCCGCUGGUUGUUGAGGUACAGAGUCUGCCCGAGGCGAGAGCCCCCUCUCCAGCUGCAGCCCAGGGGCUCCUCAACUGUGAGGAGCCAGAGGGACAGUUACGCUCCUCCCCGGAAGUGGAAGAAGGCCAUGAAGCUGUAGAGGGAGAUGUGGGUGGAGCGCCAGAGGAAAGAAAAGGAGGAAACAGCUCCUCUCAUUUCCUACAGCCAGAUAUCCGAGGCCCUCUGUUCUUAUGUGAAGACGCGGAGCUGGAGUCUCCAUUGUCUGAACUCGGCAAAGAAACCAUCAUGCUCAUGACCCCAGGCAACUACCUGACUGACAGGCUCCAGGAUGCCCUGUGUGCCCUCGGGGGUUCCCAGUCUCUGCAGCCUAAGGAUGAUGAGGGUCCUGAAGGAGUUGAAGGAGCUGAGGCUGAGGAGGGUCCAGGAACAGAAAAAGAGACAGGUCUGGUCUCCACGUUGAAUUCCUGCCCAGAGAUCCAGAUUGACACGGCAGACAAGGAGGUAGAGCAAGAUGUCACCUCUCUUACAACUUUGUUGGCCAGUCCGGAAAGGACCUGCCCACCACGACCCUCAUGCUUGGAGAAAGACCUUACCAAUGGGGUGAGCUCCCUCGAUCCUAGUCUGCCACCGGUUCUGCUGUCCUCCUCUCCAGCUGGUUCUCUCAGCUCAGCAACCUUCAGCUUUGAGCCCCUGAGCAGCCCCGAUGGCCCAGUUGUCAUCCAGAACCUGCGUAUCACUGGCACCAUUACUGCCCGAGAGCACAGUGGCACGGGAUCCCACCCGUACACGCUCUACACGGUGAAGUAUGAGACGGCCCUUGACAGCGAGAACAGCAGCAACCUGCAGCAGUUGGCAUACCACACUGUUAAUCGCCGCUACCGCGAGUUCCUGAAUCUACAGACCCGCCUGGAGGAGAAAUCAGAUCUCCGCAAGUUCAUCAAAAAUGUGAAGGGUCCCAAAAAGCUCUUUCCAGAUCUCCCAUUUGGUAACAUGGAUAGUGACAGAGUAGAAGCCCGUAAGAGCCUCCUGGAAUCAUUCCUAAAGCAACUCUGUGCCAUUCCUGAGAUCGCUAACAGUGAGGAGAUGCAGGAGUUCCUCGCUCUGAACACAGAUGCUCGUAUUGCCUUUGUCAAGAAACCGUUCAUGGUCUCCAGAAUAGACAAGAUGGUGGUGAAUGCUAUCGUGGACACCUUGAAGACAGCAUUUCCUCGCUCUGAACCCCAGAGCCCCACAGAGGAGCUGAGUGAGGCCGAGACAGAUAGCAAGCCCCAGACAGAAGGCAAGAAGGCUGGCAAGUCCAGAUUGAGGUUCUCAUCCAGUAAGAUCGCUCCAGCGCUGAACUUGGCCAACACACAAGAGAAGGUUCUCUAUGGUCUCCAGGAAGGCACUGUGGAGUCGGAGGUCCUAUCCAUGUCUGGGAUGGAAGCCUUUAUUGAAAAACAGACAAAAUUACUAGCAAUGCAGUCAGCAGAUGCCCCAGAAAAGGAUCCUGACCAUACGCUCAAAGGAUCUGUGGAUGGUGACGUGUCAGAUGCAGCCGCGCCAGCCCAAGACCUCAGCAACAGUGACCCGGGAUCAGAGACGGAGUUAGCGGACACAGCCCUCGAUCUGCUGCACUUGCUGCUGAUGGAACAGUGGAGGUGGCUGUACACAGAAAACAUACAGAAAGUUCUUCAUCUUAUCUUUGGGACCCUCAUACAGAGGUGGCUAGAGGUGCAGGUAGCUAAUCUAACAUGUCCACAGUGCUGGGUUCGGUACCUCCGACUUCUCCGAGAGUCCAUCUGGCCGGGUGGGGUUUUGCCUAAGUACCCACGGCCUGUAAGGACCCAGGAGCAGAAGGUGGCAGCUGAGAAACAGGCUUUGCAGAGCCUUAUGGGAAUCCUGCCAGAUACUUUAGUGAAGAUCCUUGGGGUGAACAAAUGCCAGCUGAGCUGGAGUCUAGUCUUGGAGUCACUGCAGCAACCCCUCAUCAACAGGCAUUUGAUUUACUGCCUCUGGGACAUCAUCCUGGAAUUCUUGGAUCUCAGUGCCUCCGUUGAGGAGUCUGCCAUAAGCACCUCUGCCUCAGAUACCCCUGACAACCCCAAGAGGAUGGGUGUCUCCCUGUAGCCAUCGGUCAUUACCCAUUCUUCGAAGGUUGGGAAGGAGGGUCACUCUGCCACCAGGAACCAGUAGGAGGGCUUGCCCUCUGGGCUGUGGCUCAGAAGACAUGGGGCUCACUAGCACAGCUUUCCCUUAGUUCUUCUCCAUCUGAAGCAAGUGAUGGAGGGAUAUAUGUACCAGUUGUAUGCAUGUCCAAGUGUCAUACGUUUUUUGUGGUGUUGGGGCAUUGCUGGUGGGUAGAUUCUGUUUCCUUUGAAUAAGGAAUCUGUGAGUCCUUUUUGCCGUCCUCCAUAAGAUUGUUUGCUGGUAGCCUGGCCCUGUGCAGACAUGUACCAAAUCCACCAACAUACAAAUCUAUAUAAACCAAGAAAAAAAAUAGAUUUCUUUGGAGG